UUCAGUUUGUUACAAUAUUUUAAUCAUCUAUUUUUUUUCUUCUUAUCUUAAUCAUCUUCAUCUUCAUCUUCCUCUUUCCUUUCUUUCAUUUUCCUUUAAUUAAUUCUCACCACUCUUUGUUCCUCUCUCAAGUUAAAGAGUUCACUUUGAGACUCACUUUUCUCUGUCUUCCAUUUUAAUUUAACUUCAAUCAAUUAAUUACUAUUUUUAUUUUGGUGUCAUUUUCUUGAUUGAUUUUUAUUAUUAUUGUAUUUUUAAUUCCACUAUAUUAUUAUUCUUUCAUUGGUGUGUAUCUGCCUUUUUUUCCCCACUUUAGCUAAUUGUUCCUCUCUCAAAGUGUGUCCAUGUUAUUUGACAGUUUCUGUUACCAUUAUAAUUAAUCAUCUCUCUUUGUCUUCACCUUCACUUUUUCUCUCUAUUGUGUAAUUAGCCUAAUUCUUUUUUUUUCUCUCUCUUUUAUUUCAAAUUUAUCUCAUUGUCCAGUUGAGACUCUUUUUUUUGGUCUUUUACACUUAUGUUUCUUUCAUCAAAGUGACUAAUUUUUACAUAUCAUCAUCACCACAUCAUCACCUUUGCCACCCUCUCAUCUUUAUCAUUUGAAACUCACUUUUUUUCGACUUUGUGUUCACCAUGUUAUCCAAAAGAGUUUUUGGUAAUCGGUCCAAUUUAUCAAAUUUGACUCUUCACAUUGAAGAUGAUCAUCGAAUCAGUUUAAAACGAGCAUCUGAAGAGCCUUCUCAUUUAAUUGCUACCAAGAAGAGCAAACCUGAAGUGUUAACCAGAAGAGCCAAAGCUGAUCUCAAGAAUCAAGAAAAUGUCACCAAAACUAUUGAAAGAAAAGUUAAAAGUAUUUACAUUGGUAAACCUUCCGCUGCAUCGACCAAAUCAACCAUCAUCACCAAUCCAACUGUAAAAACCUCCAAUGUUUCCUGUGAGAAAAUCCCAGAGGAAAUAAUUAAAGAAGAAAAUAGUUUGGCUGCUCUAUCUGAAGAAGAAUCUUUCGAAUUUGAAGAAGUGAAAGUGGAAGAAAUCACACCAAUUAAGGUUGAGUCCCCAGUGAAAAUUGAUUUUAACAAUCCCCUCACAUACUAUUCUAAACCUAAAGAUUUACCUGAAGACCUGGAUGAUUAUGAUUCGAAACAUAUUCUUGAUACAUUUUCUGAGCCUCAUUAUGCUUGGGAUAUUUUCAAAUAUUAUAAAGCAAAGGAAACGGAAAGUUUGACCACCAAAUACCUAAGUAAUCAAAAAGAGAUUACCAAAAAUAUGAGAUCAAUUCUCGUUGACUGGCUAGUUGAAGUUCAACAAAAUUAUACACUCAAUCACGAAACUUUAUAUUUGGCUGUUAAAAUGGUUGACCAAUAUCUCAUGAAGGAGAAUCUUAAGAAAACCGAUUUCCAACUUCUUGGAGCAACAGCGAUGCUGAUUGCGGCUAAAUACGAUGAAAGAAUACCACCCGCCAUUGAAGAUUUUGUCUACAGUUGUGACAAUCUUUACAAAAAGCGUGAUAUUAUUCUCAUGGAGAUGGACAUUCUCAAAAAAUUGGAUUUCAAUCUUGGCUUUCCCCUUUCAUAUCGUUUUCUUCGGCGUUAUGCCCGGUGUGCUGAUCUCUCUAUGGAAGAGCUUACUCUUGCUCGAUAUAUUCUGGAAAUGUCUCUAAUGGAAUAUGAGCUAAUCGAAGAGCGAGAAUCAUUCAUCUCUGCUGCGGCUCUUUUACUUGCUCUUAGAAUGAAGCAUUUCCCUUCUGUCAACGUUUGGUCUAAAGCGUUGAAUUAUUAUACUGGUUAUACCGAAGAAGAAUUAACCCCUUUGAUGUUCAAAUUGAACCAAAUGAUAUCUGCUCCCCCCAAACAAGCACUUUCAUCCAUUAGGUCAAAAUACUCUCACAGAAUAUUCAUGGAAGUUGCAAAAAUUUCACCCCUCCCAAAAGAGGUCACCAAAUAGUUAAUUCAAUUUUUACUCUUCAUCUCAAAGUAUCUCGACAAUAACAUCAAAAAUAUCUGCUUAAAGACAUUGGAAUAUCAUUGAAUUAUUAGUUCCAUGUUCCUCUUUAUUAUUGAAUUGUUUAAAUCCUGAACCCAACACAAUAUGAAAAGUUUUUCCAUAUGAUAAAGAUGAUUAACAAAUUUUGGGACUCAUUCUAAUCUACUUUUCAAUGGAAAGAUAUUAUGGUGUAAAAAGAUGUAAACAAAAGCUUAUGCACACAUAGAUACACUUUUUUUUUAUAAUUAUACUUUGAAAUUACUUAAACAAAAAGAAAACUGAAAAAAGAUUAAUGAAAUGAUGCAAAUGAAGAUGAACCUGAUGAUAAAUUAAAUAGUAAACAAAGUGAAUUAAGAUGCAGAAAACAAAAUCAAUGCAACUUUAAAUCCUGAUGUCAACAAAAAGCAACAAUUUAUGAAAAAAGUACAAAUUAGAUGAUCCAACAUUCACUUUUUCCCAUUUCUCCAAUUCUCUGAAAAUUUUGAUAGCACAAAAUUAUUUUUAUUAUAAUUUUACCCAAUCGACCAAUUAGUUAAUCCAAUAUUUAUAUUUAUUGUCAAUUUUCAUAUCAUUUCAUCAUUUGUAAUCAAGUAUUUGCGAUAAAAUGGAAUUAAAACAAAAGACAACGAAUCUAUCCUUGUCGAAGAUUCUAAAUAUCGAAAA